AUGGGACCUACUGCUGCACUUAUUUUAACAUACAUAGCUCGAAAAUGUGGAUGGAAAUGCGUCCUGAAAUUAGGCUCAUUAUCGAUCUCUUUGAUAGCGGGAAAGGUAAUGUUUCGCCAUUUCAUAUUUAUAUGCGAAGAUUAUACUAUUUUUUGUAAUGAUGGCUAUCUUAUCUUUGCCUACUGGCGACAUAUCAAAUUGGUGGAUCUUCAUACGCGAGGCUUGAAAGGUCGUUUGUGUUUGACGUUGAAUGGAUUACGUAUUCACAUAUACAAUCGUUUGGAAGCAUAUCGGAAGUUAAAGAAAGAUCCUAAAUUUGAAAAACUUUUCACGACAAUUUCACAACAACAGUAUACCGAUGAAAUUUUGCAUUCAAAUGAAGGGAAGAAUGAUAAAUUUCUGAAAAACUUUUGGGCGUUUGUUGGUACAAUACGUAUGUCUAGCAGAAAUGUUCACGUAUAUGUUGGAAAUCGUUUGCUACCCACUACGCUUGUCAUUUUUUCACAUAAAACGUUAUUUACUGGACGACUGGAACAAGUGAGCAAUGCUAUGUUAUUGGUAUGUUCGAUUAGUGGUUCAAACUUUUCAAUUUCAUUAAACAACAAUGAGGAAUAUGAUGAGACUGAUCCACGGAAUCUGUGGAAGCGUCACAACGCACCUCGAACAAUGGGAAGUGGUUUCAAAGUUCUUCAGAAUGCUACACUGAAAGCUGUUUAUCGCCAGAGUAUCUUUGUUGAUCCAUCAUCAGAACCAAUUUGCGACUUGAAUGCUGAUUUUGGCGAAAAUGUCGCCAUUGCAUAUGGUCCAUGGGCUGAAGCAUGUCGGGUUGCCUUCGUCAGCUACUUUUUUCCGGCUGAUUUCACUGACGCUACACCCACUAAAUUGCCGGAGAGUGAUGAGCGUAAAAUACCACUGAUAAUGGAUAUUACGCUAGCGAUGAACGGUAGGACAACGAUAAAUUUGUGGUUCAUGCGACAUGACGAACUGAAUACUGUGGCUGUUAUCAUCAAAAACGGAUUAUCAAUAAAAGUAGAAAACCCGUUGGUGAUUGCCGAAGAAGGAUACAAAACGACGAUGCGAUUCAUCAUGAAAGAUGUACAAUUUCUGCCAACUUCUGGAUUCCGGAAAUUGAUUUCAUAUGAGGAAUUGAUCAUGGAGUGUAAUGUAUUCGUUCCAAAACAAUACGGACAGCUUCAAAAAUGUGAAAUUUUAAUGAAAAUGAAUCGAGUUACAAUGUGGUGCGCUUGGGACCACAUUGCCUUCAUGCAGGACUUUGUAAGCGAAGUUUCGGCAAAUUAUACGGAAGAUUUGGCACAAUUUGUGCCACAAAUUUGGAACUAUCGGAUAGAAUUUACUAACGCGAAAUUCAUUUUUGUUACCAACGAUAAAAAUUGGGUGGAUGCAAGCAAUCCAUCGAAUAACUUUCUGAUUGCUCUUGUUGCGAAACGAUUUACAAUCAGUUACAAUUUGAACAAGACUGAAUUUUGUCCUCAAAUUUGCCACUGUAAAUCCGAAAUGGUCGCCAGUGAAGCAGUUAUUAUCAAAUUUCAUAUACCCGAACGAAGUACCUUAUCGCCUGUAAUACACACUCUUUAUGAUAAUUCAUUUCAUUCCGUAAAACAAUCAAGCAUUCAUAUGCAAACAGCUCUUGAUUUCGAUGGGAGUUGGUUAGAUUUUUUGCGAACCAGACAGAUUACAUUUACAUAUGAUUAUACGUGGCAUCCCAUAUAUCCUCCAUAUCAAAGUGAUUUACCAGCACGAAUUAAAAUCACUAGAACCCGACAUCCAGCACAUCCAUUUGAGCUGGAAUCUGAUUCUGCGCAAAUAGAGAUCGCAAUUCAUUCACCUGAAAUAUUCAUUUCCGGUUUUGCUUUAUGGAUUAUCAAAAAUUAUAUCAACGAUUACUUCGGUUCUUAUAGUCAGCAGCAAUCAGACAUGGAUUCUUACCAUGCCCAUGCAUUACUUUCUAGAAGACUUUAUGGACACGUGAAACACGAAAUUGCGAAGUAUCGACCGCUGAGUGUGAAAUUAAGUAUUCGAAUCCAGGAGGCUCAUGGACAUUGCCUUAUCCAUACUGUCAAAACCGUGGGUGAAAAUCCCGAUACUUGUCCAAUGAUGAAAGUUGGCAUUACGGUCAUAGAAAUAGUACAAGAAAUCCGUGAUUUACGAUUUCAGGUGUUUAUUGCUGGAUUGCAAAUAAUCUUCCGGAAAUCAGAAUCACUGCAAACAGUACAAGAAGGUCUUCUGUCGAUUGAUCGGUUUGCCGUACGCAUGAAUUCGUUUUCGUCUGAAGUGCACAUUCCAUGGGAUGCGGGUGCUGUUGAAUAUGCAUGUGCAUGGGAAAUAAUCAUAGGCGAAAUUGCAGCUAAAAUUGAUCCAACACAAUUAGUAUGUCUUAUUCAAAUGUUGGAGGGUUUUUUGCUAUUAGCGAUAGCAGCUGAUGAAGAACUUUUGGUACCAGAAAUGUAUGACAUAUGUCAACACAUGAAUGGUGUGCGCACUUGUACACAAUCAAAUCUUGAAUUAGUUGAUUCGGAAAAUCGCAUCCAGAAUUGCGAAUGCUCUAAAAAUUUAAAAUAUGUUUUAUUUCGUAUUGGUAUCGAUUUAAUAAAUAUUCUCAUCAUGGAAGAUGUUGCCAUGAUGUGCAUAUCAGUGGAACCAUGUCGGAUGUGUACCUGUAACUGUCAUGAAUUCUCCUAUUGCACAAGCUUUCUAUUUGGUAUUCUUCAGUUGGAUCUCAAACAAUUUAUCAAAUAUUCAAUGUAUAAUGGAAGCGAUGAUGAAUGGCUGGAAUGUGGAUCAGCUCAUUUUCAAGAUAUCGAAUUUGAAAUCCUGCUGCCAUUUUCAUCAAAAAAUUUGUAUCUUAUAAAUGAACGAAAGAAAUUCUUGAGGAUCCACGACGAAUAUACGAAACGGCUUUAUUUCUUAUGGCUAAAUGAAGUUAAGUGUGGCUGCUAUGGAAGUUUUGCAUUUUUUGGUGAAGAUGAUUGGAGUGGUUGUAUCUUUAUGGCGGAUUUUAUGCAAAAACUUGCACAACCACAAAUUAACGAUGAGUCUAAACAGCCUGGUUUUGGUCAGAGUAUCAUACGUUCAUCGACAAAGUGCGCUUAA